AGACAGUACGUAUUCUUUCUUGUCGCAAAUUAACUAAAUAAAUAAAUAUUUUUACAAUGACAUAUCAAGCUAACUAACCAAUAACUAGAAUAUCACACAUUAUUAAGAAAAAGCUUAUUUCUGAUAAUUCACUUUCACUACACCAAAUUGACUAAGAAUAUGGUUUAAUCUCAAAUGGUAUAAUCUUAUCUAGGACCUGCCAACUGUAAGAACUAAGAAAAGUUCAUAUUAAGACAUUAGUGACAUAAAAGUUUUAGCCAAAUUUUCGUUCCAAGAUGCUUCCGUUUUGUUGAAAAUACAGAGACGUAGGUACCUAAAUGGAUCCUAAUCUUCAACCUCUUUUUAAAACUGAUGAUAUAUCCACAGUUCCCGCGAAAUUACUCUGGCAUUUUUUCCUCCGACACUUUUUUAACUCUAAAUUGUCCUUUGCUUACACUUUCAUAACCCUCGGGUUAUGCUUUUUGUGCACAACGUUAGCAAUAAAAGGAAUAUUACUUUCCGACAAAAGCGACGUAUUUUUUAUUUCAGAAAAUAUACAAACUUGUGUUUUAAUGGCUCAUAUAACUGGCAAUGUGUUAAAUUUGCAAGCUACCAAACAAGAUUUGCUUUACCUGCUUAAACAAAAAUCGAAGUUUUGGAAAGUUACAGAUUUUGAUAAUAAAUUAUUAAGUAACGAAAGCUUAAAAACAAAUAAUUUCAUGAGGAAGUUUGUUCGCUACGCCGUUAUUAUCAGCGUACUUACGGCAGUUUUGUUUGAUUUGCAACCUUUUGUGACAGGAUCUUUACCUUCGGUUUGCUAUGUGCCAGACGGUUGGUUUGGUUACUUAACUGUCAUGUUGUGGUAUUUAUCUAUGAUUACUUCUAUUUCUGUGACAGGAACGGCGACUCUUUUUUGCACGCUUGCAGUAUCCUUAGCUGAACAGUUUCAUCUAUUGGCACAUAAUUUUAAAAGCAUGUGCAACAACAGGUCCGAUGAUAUUUGGAAAGAAUUAGAAGUUUUGGUUGAACACCACAACUUUUUGAUAAGUUAUUUUGGAAAGUUAAAUACGGCCUUUGGGAAUAUGUUUCUACUUCUUUUUAUAAUUUCUAUAUCUUCUGCCUCUGUAGCUGUUUUCAUUUUAAUGCAACCGGGUAUCUGGACCAACAGAAUCAAAUGUGGAACAUACUUUUGUAGUGUUAUAAUUGAAAUAGGUUUUUACUGUGUUCCGGCGGAAAUUGUCACAAACACCGCUCUCAGACUUGAUCGUGUUUUAUAUGACUCUGGAUGGUAUGACAUAAAUACCAUUUCUUUAAAAAAAUGUUUACCACUUGUUACCAGUAGAGCUCAAAGACCUAUGGUGUUCAGUGGCUAUGGACUGAUAAAUAUGAACCUCAACACUUAUGUUUCCGUAAGAUUUUGAUGUAAGAUGUUUUCUUUAACAUGACUGUUCCUAUGUCUUAGAUAUGUAAAACUGUGUUCAGUUUUUACACUUAUUUAAAUUCUGUCAAAAAACUGUGAACGAAAUAAUGCUAGUUAGUAUGCUUAACCAAAGUCAUUAUUUAUUUAU